AUGUUGGCCGUGGAGAGGCAAAAAUAUUUCAGGGCUGUGAAGCGGCUUUUUGCCAGGCUUGAUCAAGAUUCAGAUGGUGGAAUCACUGCAGAAGAGUUUGAGGUUGCACUACAAGAUGCAGCCUUGAUCAAUGUGUUUGACGCCUUGGAGAUUUCUGUUGCGGAUGCGUGGAACUUGUUCAGGACCUUAGAUAGCGCACCUUGA